AUGAGUACGAAGGAAAGUGAACAGUGGGAGACAGUUGUUGAGGGGAAAGCAAAAAUGUUGCUUCCUGAUCGUACAGUGUUCUACAAUCCCGCACAAGAGUUCAAUCGAGAUCUGAGCAUAUCUGUUCUGAGGACGUUUGUCAAGAUUAAAGCUGAAGUUUCAGACGAGGAAGCGUUAACUGUUGACUCCAAUGAUGCCUUUCCCCCAGAAAAGAAACGGCUGAAAACCGACAAAACGGGUUGGUCUAAAGGCUUGCGAGUGCUCGAAGCAUUAGCCGCCAGCGGCUUGAGAUCGGUCCGUUUCGCUUUGGAAGUGCCCGGUUUGAAGACAGUGGUGGCAAACGACUUUUCUGAAUCGGCCAUGACAUGGAUCAAACGCAACAUCGAAGGCAAUAAU